AAGAAGGACAAGCAGGCAGCUGUUGUCUUUCUUCCGCAGCAUUAGAUAAAAUUUCGGGUACUGAUUUCUACUCAACCAACAAAAUUGGAAGAUAAAAGAAUGGACAGAGAUGCCUAAGAGAAGUCAAGAGGCCAAUGGAGGAUCCUCAUCCAGUGAAAUGGAUCCGAAUGCCCCCAAAAUGGAUAUUAAGUCCAUCAUGAGAGAUAUAGAGUUUUUGGGGUCAUCUCAUAUGACAUGGAAACAGAGGAAGGAGUUGGAAAACCGAAAGGUCGUUUCUCUUGGUGGAAAGCCUCAAAAAACGCAGAAAUUACCGCUUAGUGUAGCACAAGUGCAAAUGAAGAAACAAAAGGAAAGAGAACAGAAAAUGCUCCAAGAGAAUGCAAUACUUCAAAGAUUUGGAGGGUAUUAUCAUACUAGUGGUACUAAAAAGGCGACCGAGAGGCGCAGACAGGAGGAAAGAGUGCUGAAGUCGACUGAAGGUCAUUUCAGAAAUGGUGUCCUUGAUGUGAAAAGUUUAUUGAAACCUUCUGCACCUAGAGCCAACAAUGAAAGUAGCAGACAUGUUAUUGGCAAAGGGAAGAAAAAGAAGGGUGGUAAAAAGAGCCAAGGUAAGAGAAAGAAUGGUGGUAGGAAGCGGCACUAGACAUCUAUGAAGCAUGUUAAUCAAGGGGUCGUGUUUCUUACCUUCAAAUCAACAGAGAGACUCGUUCUCAGAGCGAGCUUGUCGGAUAAAAUUUUGUGUCAUCUUUCUAACUAGUAGACGAACGGCUCAUGAUUUUAGGAUUCACGUAUUAAGAAUUGAUAAAGGUUUUAUAGUGGUCAUUGACUCGCUACAAAGUUGUAAACAUGGGCGAAGUUGUAACAAAGUUUUAUGGCUUCCUUGCUUUUUCCAUGCCGGGUUUCUAGUUGUAAACGUGAUAAAAAAUAAAUAAAUAAAAAACCCAAAA